AUGGGUUCUUCGACCCCUGCAGCAACUCAUCAGAGUGACAAAAUUUCCAACUCAGUCGAUUCUAAAACUCUAGAUAGUGAAAUUCGCGCUUCUGUCCCUAAAUUUAUCACUAGAAAUCCAUGGUACGCCUCCAAUGAUGGACAAACCAAAGAUAAUCAAGAUAAUUCAUUAGAAAACAAACAAACGCAAAACACUACAAACAAACGUAACGUGGAAUAUGUUAGGAAGAAAGGAAUUGUGGGUGAAUCAGCCUUGAAAUAUCGCAAAGGUGCCUGUACCAAUUGUGGGUCUCUGACCCAUAAUGCCAAGAGCUGCGUGGAAAGACCCAGGAAAAUCGGUGCAAAAUACACCAACCAGAACAUCUGUCCUGACGAACAUAUAGAGCCUGAAGUUGACCUAGGCUUCGAGGGAAACAGAGAUAGGUGGGCUGGGUACGAUGUCACAAAUCACAAAUAUUUGGCGGAGGAGUAUGAGAUAAUUGAGAUGGAGCGACGCAAGCGUAAGUUGGAAAAGAUGCAACGCAAAUUGGAGCGUAAGCAGCAAGAUCCCGACAAUUACAUCUCGAGUAAUGACAGUGACAGUUCUGACGAUGAUAUUGAGGGCCUGAAACCAAAGGAGUUCGCCCCAGUCGACGCCAUGUACAGCUCAUUCGAUACUUAUACCCAGACAACCUCCAAGAAUCUGCGAAUAAGGGAAGAUACCGCAAAAUAUCUCAUAAAUUUGGACGUUAAUUCCAGUUUCUACGAUCCAAAAUCCAGAUCUAUGAGGGAAGACCCACUUAAGGGCAUGCGCACGGAGAACACCAAGCACACUUUCCGCGGUGAUAACAUGUACUUGAAUACACCUGAGACCAAUCAGACAAAAGUAAUGGAAGCAUUUGCUUGGGAGGCCUAUAAACGCGGGGCGAACGUCCACUUUAUGGCCAAGCCCACACAAUUGGAAUACAUGUAUAAACAGCACUUGGAAAAGAAAAAGGCGAUGAAGGAGGAGAAAAAAAAUCAUCUUCUCAGCAAGUACAAGUGUCACGAUGUCUUGGCGCCUCAGGAAUUGUUGGAAUUAGCCCAGGGGGAUACUGUGGUUGAUGUAGUGAGUGAGAAGGAUCGUAUACUUGCAAAAUCUAAAUUUGAGGAAAACGUGCAUGUUAUGGGCCAUACAAGCGUAUGGGGAUCUUAUUACAACAAGGAGACGGGUAAUUGGGGGUACAAGUGUUGUCGUUCUGAGAAGAUGAAUUUACCCUGUGAGAAUUAA